AAGACUAUUUUCAUGUUUCAGGUUUCUUUAUACUUAAAGAUGAAACGCGUAUACUCUCAGUAGAUGAACAUGAGAACUGCCUUAAAUAUGACAAAGAUGUUAUAUUUUUAGAUGAUGAAUUCUUUUGUAAUGAGAUA